AUGACGAUACGCGAUAAUACGCCCGAGCUCGGGCCAACUGCCAUCUAUCAGUCACGUGUCAGAGGCUGCAACUUCAUCCUCGUCGCAGGCGCUGAAGACGUCUUCGACGCGACAAGAGUCCCGUUCACGCUAGAACGGCACAUCUUACCCUCGAACUUAAGAGUUGGUCACCCGGGAAAGGAUCCCGCUCAAUUGAGUGGCGGUAUGCCAGGGACACUUCUGCCCCCGAGAUCACACCGGCAACACGCCCAGAUGGACCGAUCGGCAGCCAAUGGACCGGAUCUUUACCUGAUCGCCGACCAGGAUGUGGUAUACGAGCAGGAUAUCCUCAGGGAUCCGCAUAGUAUCAAGCCAUGGAUCGCAUAUAUCGAGCACAAACAGCAGCAGGGCACACUCUACGAGCAGGCCUUUGUAAUGGAGCGCGCAUGUAAGCAACUCCCAAGGUCCUACAAGCUCUGGAAGAUGUAUUUGGAAUUCCGAACGAAACAUCUUCGGAAUCGCAAUGCGACACAUUAUCGGUCGGAGUAUACGAAGGUGAAUAAUCUCUUUGAGCGGGCGCUUAUCCUCCUCAACAAGAUGCCGCGGAUAUGGGAAAUGUAUCUUUCCUUCUUGCUACAGCAGCCGCUGGUGACCCAGACGCGACGGACUUUUGAUCGGGCACUUCGUGCACUUCCGGUUACCCAGCACAACCGUAUUUGGAAACUCUACAAGUCAUUUGCGCGUUCCGCGUCUGGACAGACUGCAGUGACCGUGUGGGCCCGGUAUAUGCAAGUCCAUCCAGAGAAUGCCGAGGAGUACAUCUCGCUUCUUGUCGAAAUGGGCCAAUAUACUGAGGCCGUGAAAAUAUACAUGGACAUCCUGGACAACCCGCGCUUUCAGUCCAAGGAAGGGAAGAGCCACUUCCAGUUAUGGAUUGAGAUGGUGGACCUACUGGUUUCCAGGGCCAAACAGAUAGAGACCGGACCUCAAGUGGGCAUCGAUGUGGAUGCAAUCAUCCAUAGCGGAAUCGACCGGUUCGCCGACCAGAGAGGUAAAUUAUGGGCCGGUCUUGCAACAUACUGGAUUACCAAGGGAAAUUUUGAGAAAGCCAGAGAUGUCUUUGAAGAAGGUAUCACUACUGUUAUGACUGUCCGCGACUUUACUUUGAUUUUCGACUCCUAUGCUGAAUUCGAGGAAUCUAUCAUUGGGAACUUGAUGGAAGCAGCAGCAACCCGGGCUGAGAAGGGCAAAAUCGACGAAGAUGCAGAUUUCGACCUUGAUCUCCGCAUGUUGAGAUUCGAGCAGCUCAUGGAUCGACGACCGUUCUUAGUCAAUGAUGUAUUGUUGAGGCAAAAUUCUAACAAUGUCAUUGAAUGGGAGAAAAGAGUGGCUCUGUGGGGUGAUAAUAAGGAAGAGAUUGUUCAGACCUACGCGAGAGCCAUAGCUGCUAUAAAUCCCAAGAAAGCCCAUGGGAAAUUCUCGGAGCUUUGGAUCAACUAUGCCGGAUUUUACGAGAGCGGCGGAGAUCUGGAGACCGCCAGAGUCAUAUUCGACAAAGCCGUCAAGGUUCCAUUUAAAUCAGUUGCCGAAUUGGCGGAGGUAUGGUGCGAAUGGGCGGAAAUGGAGCUUCGCGGCGAAAACUUCGACAAAGCAGUUGAGAUUAUGGCCAAAGCAACUCAGGCACCCAAAAGAUCUAGCGUGGACUAUUUCGAUGAGAGCCUUUCCCCGCAGCAGCGAGUCCAUAAGAGUUGGAAACUAUGGAGUUUCUACGUUGAUCUCGUCGAGAGUGUCAGUUCCCUGGAAGAAACGAAGAAGGUAUAUGAGAGGAUUUUCGAACUACGCAUUGCAACUCCUCAGACGGUCGUCAAUUACGCCAGCCUAUUGGAGGAGAACCAAUACUUCGAGGACUCUUUCAAGGUUUACGAGCGAGGACUAGAUUUGUUCAGUUACCCGGUUGCGUUUGAGCUCUGGAACUUAUACCUGACGAAAGCGGUGGAUCGUAAGAUCGGAAUCGAGAGACUGAGAGACCUCUUCGAACAAGCUCUUGAUGGAUGCCCGCCAAAGUUUGCAAAGGUCCUGUACUUGAUGUACGGCAACCUGGAGGAGGAACGCGGUCUCGCACGCCAUGCCAUGAGAAUAUAUGAGCGUGCUACGCGAGCAGUAUCUGACGAGGACCGGUUUGAGAUGUUUGAAUUUUACAUCACGAAAUCUGCCUCGAACUUCGGAUUGACGUCAACAAGACCGAUCUAUGAACGCGCCAUCGCUGCUUUGCCUGACCAGGAAGCGAAGGAGAUGUGCCUCAAAUUUGCGGAGAUGGAAAGGAGACUUGGUGAAAUUGACCGGGCCCGUGCUAUUUACGGUCAUGCUUCCCAGUUCUGCGACCCUCGCACCAAUGCUCCCUUCUGGCAGAAAUGGGAGGCAUUCGAAGUCCAGCAUGGAAACGAGGACACGUUCAAGGAGAUGCUUCGUAUCAAGCGGAGCGUACAGGCUCAAUACAACACCGAUGUCAACUUCAUCGCUUCUCAAGCAAUUGCUCGUAGCCAACAACAACGUGCCCAGGAGGGAAUCAAAGAGGGUGAAGGAGAAACCGAAGAAAAUGACCGUGCAGAUGCCAUGGCAGCCUUGGAACGGCAAGCUCGCGCCCCCGUGGGCUUUGUCGCUGCCAGCACAGGUCCGGAAGGUGGCAAUCGUCCUCCACCUCAUGAGCAGCCCACAGCCCCUGUCAACCCGGAUGCUAUUGAUCUUGACAUGGAUGGUGAAGAAUAGGACUAUUCUAGAAAAGAGAUAAGAGAUUACUACCCCCCAUCCAUAUUCUCCCUUCGAAGAAAGCGAGCAAGCAAGCAAUACAAAUCAGAAAAAAAAAGGAAAUAUUUUAUUCAAAUUUCAUUUGAACUUGUGUGUCUGUCUCGGACGCCUUGAAUUAAUAUUUCUUUUGUUGUUCGCAAUUUGUAUUAGUCUUUCUUUCUUCCCUUCUCUUCUCUAUUCUUCUCUCUCUAUCUCUUUUCACCAUUUCACGUACGUGGUGUGACUUUCACUUUUGCUCCCAGAGUGGGCUGUUCAAUUCAUACUGUCCAAUGGUUCUAUCUCUACGAUACCUCUGUCGUUGUUGCAUUGUUUCAUUUGGCGUUUCCUCUAGCCGAGAAUAUUCCAGUAUUGUUCAUGGUAUAUUUAUUAUAUAGACUUGCUCUGCUGAAAGUGACAGUAGAGCUACCUGCCGUGGCUUGUGACAUGAAAAUGCGCGAAGACCUUGAAUAAAUGAAGGCUUUUUUGAACACUGCCAUUAAAUCCCCAUAUAUAUUUCCACUUGUUAUCUUUCUAUUUGCAAGUAAGAAAUGAUUUAUCUCUUUCUCUCUUUGGCUCUGAGCAUGCUUAUCGAUGAUGGAUGGAUGGACAACUUAUGGUUUCUAUGUACAAUGCUUUCUUUCCAAGGACUGCGGACUGACUACCCAUGUAUCAUCCUCUUAGGUGAAAGGAAAAAGAACGGUAGGUAGAUAGAUGAUAUCCAGUUCAGAGUUGAGUUCUACCGAGGAGGAGAGGGGACCAGAUCAAGGUGAGAGAAUAAGAAGCGAUUAAAUCAGUCUUCCCCUUCUCCCUUGCCAGCAGCAACGUCGGGAUCAGGAGUCGGUACUGACUGGCUAUUAUGAUUAUUAUUAUCUUCCUUAGCAGGCUCGUCAUUCGCGCCCUGCGAUGGGGGAACAGUAGGUGAUGCAACGGUGGAGGUCGGGGGAGACUUGAACCUAUCCUGUGUUGACAAUGAGGCGUCCGGGAAUAUCUCCAAAAACAAUUCGGGUAAGAACCGCUCUAGGCGUUUUCGGGUUUCGGCCCAGAUCUUUUCCUUGUUGGGGUCCUGGGAUGGUGGGACCAACAAGCCUCCAUCGGCCAUGACGAGGAGGAUAUUCUUGACGCUCUCGGGGAUUGCUUCUUCC